AUGGCCGCGCUGCUGGAUGGAUUUGAGGUGCUGCUGGAUGCACGCCGAGCUGCCGGGGAGAGCAGCAAGCCGGCGGGCCAGCGUGCUACCACCCAGCGCCCGAGCCAGCAGCCGGCGCGGCCUGGGCUUGCAGCGCGCAGGGGCGUGGCGGCGACCGCCGCCGUUGCGGGCAGCAGCGAUGCCGAUGCCGGCUCCUCCUUUCUGCAGCAGUUCAAGAACCUGGCCUCUCUGGCGGACGCGCAGCCCGCCUCCACCUCCGGCAGCGGCUGCUGCGGCGGCAGUGGCAGCGCCGAGGGCGGCGCGCAAGAGUCUGGCAGCGGCUGCUGCGGCGGCGGUAGCGGCGGCGGCGCCUCCGCCUCCGGCCAGGCGGCGGCGUCAGCCGUGAUGAGCCAGCUCAGCAGCAUGAUGGGCGGCAUGGAGGGCAGCCUGACCCGCGACGAUAUGCGCAGCGCGUUUGAGGCCUCCCAUCCGGCCUCCGCGCCGGAGGGCGCCGACGGCGGCGAGCGCUUCCUGGACCUGUCUGCGGUGCUGGGCGGCAGCCACCGCGCAGACUUUGCCGACGACCACGACGACGAGCUGGAUGCGCUGGUGGUGUGA